AUGAGAGGAGCAGCUAUGAGUUUCACUGCAGCAGCGAGUGGAUUAGUUGGCUUCCUGCUCUCUGUGUCAGCGGUUCAGGGUCAGGAUGGCUGGGGAGUGACUUACUCUUCUACUGAGAUCUGUGCAGUGAAAGGAUCAACGGUGGAAAUAAGCUGCAGCUACACAUACCCAUCUACAUGGGAUGGUGGUGUUCACACAGUAGAGAAAACAUUCUGGUCUACUAAACAGAAAGGUGGUGGACCUGUAGAUCUGAGAACAGUCUCAGAGUACGCAGGUCGUGUAGAGGAUCUCUGUGAAAACGACAUCUGCACUCUGAGAAUGAAAAACCUGAGAGAGAGCGACUCAGCUAUGUACAGGUUCAGAUUCCAACUAAACCAACCAGAUGGAAAAUAUAUUGGUUUACCUGGAGUCAGGUUGUCUGUCACAGAUGCUCCAAAGCCUCCCUCUGUGUCCGUGAGUCCCUCUGCUGAGAUAGAGGAGGGCAGUUCAGUGACUCUGACCUGUAGCAGUGAUGCUAACCCAGCAGCUAACUACACCUGGUACAAGGAGGACGAAGACUCUCCAAAAGCUUCAGGACAGAUCUUCAACAUCACUGACUUCAGAGCUGAACUCAGUGGGAGUUAUUCCUGUGGAGCCCAGAACAAGUUAGGACGUAGUUACUCCACCUUAACUCUGAGUGUUGGAACAGAGAGUUCAACAAUGAUAGUGAAUAUCCUCAGGACGACUCUGGGGGUCUUGAUGCUGAUUCCUGUGUUUCUCCUGGUUCUGUGGACGAGGAAGAAGAGAGCUCUGAGCUCCACCACUGAAGCACGUGAACCGGAAGAGAUGGAGUUGGACUCUAUCUCUGAGUAUGAGAACGACUCACACACUGCAGCACAGACAGAGGACACAGAGGAGCAGGAAGACAUGAUGCUCACCUGA